GUUAACUAGAUAUGCUUGUUAGUGUAUGGUAAUUUAGUUUAGGCGUUGGAAUACAGUGUUCAGGUGCUGAAAAGAGUGUUGGAAAAGGGGACAUUUACUCACUUUUCUGAACAUCGGAAGGUUCUCGUCGUUCGAAGGACAGCGGCAGCAAUGUGAAGACACGAUAGCUUCCCCCAACACCAAACUGAACAAAGGAACCGAGUGAAAGACAAACAGCUGCGAUGGCCACGGCGAAAUCGAGCGCCGCUGAAGUCUUGACCGAAUCGGCGUGCAAGACCGGCCUCGUCAACAUCCGGAUAAAGACAGCGAUCUUGAAGAAACACAGGCAGCUCUACGCCAAGCUCUACAAGACGUCCCGCAGCGGAGUGGCGAGAUUAGAGCUCUUCUCCGACGGCAAGGCAUCGGUGUCGGGCCCCCCCUCCUCUGUCAUCGUGGCGUCGGAGGUGACGAAGGUGGCACCGAGCGGACCGCUGUCGUUUCAGGUCUCGAUCAAGGAUCAAGUCAACGACUUUUCCGUCGACAGCAGGGAGGAAAGAGACGCCUGGGUCAGGAUGAUUCAGGACGUCUUCUUCCAGCCGCAAGAGAGCGCGAACUCCACCACCACAGUAGGCGCGGACGGAAUCGUGUCCGAAAACGACAUCUAUAUAUCUGCUGACGAAGUCACGCGCGAAUUCAUGGUGACGAUCGGGGCGGAGACGCGGUCGAGGCUCGCCGUAGAUGGCCAAAUGCGGCUGCUCAUCGAGGACGGCCACAUCACCCUCAUCACCCCCGAGGGCAAGCGGGUGAUGCGCUGGUCCAUGGGCCAACUGCGACGCUUCGGCUACAGGACCAACGACUUCCAUCUGGAGGCCGGGCGCAAGAGCGAGUCCGGGGAGGGCGUGUUCUCCUUCGUCACCAACCAGGGCCGCCAGAUCCACACCAUGGUGAGCAAGGAGAAGGCCCGCUCGAGGACCUCCGGCUUGAGCCAGACGCCGUCCCUCCCGGUGGGUCAGGUCACGCCGCCCGAGCCCUCUGACGCGCCCGUCAUCACCAUAGGAGGGCACACCUACGAAGAGGUCGAGGUCAUGCAGAACAAGCCGAGCCCCACCAAGCCGCCCCGACCGAGUCAGAACAAAUUCUCGAACGACAGCUGCCCCGACAGCACUCCGACGACGCCCGUGCCCAUCACCUUCGCCAACAUCAAGUCCCCGCGCACCAACAGCGUCUCAGUUUGCGUGGACACCAGACCAGGGAUGCUGCCCACCCCCAACACCCUGCCGCGUAUGACCCAUUACUCGGUGCCCGACAAAAACAUUUAUUCCGAGCCCGAGAUACCCACCCAAGCCUGGAGGACCCACGGCACGGAUGUGUACGACAGGAUCACUGCGGACAACACCUACGACACGUUGCAACACUACCAACCUGUGGCGGAAGAUCACUACGCCAAUAACCACAUCCAACAGCCGCGGCCGCAAGCAGACGCCGCAACCGCCGCGCCCAGGAAGCCUCAGUUCCCGCAGCACAUCGUGGUUAACCAGGAAGCAACGUACGCCGUCAUCAAGCCUCGUGCCAAGCAGAAUUCGGGGCCAGCCAGGACGGACAAGCCGGACGCGAUGACUGCGCUCAAGCAAAACAGCUUGAUCUAAGGCGACGACGGUGGUUGGUGGCGCCGACAGAGACGAUACACACUCACACACACACACACACACACAC